GGCGCGGCGCUGACCCGGAGGCGGCGGCGGCGGUGCCCGGAUGGAGGCACGUCAUUGUCCCCCGCCGGGCGGCAGGGCUGUGUGCGGCGGCGGCGGCGGCGGCCGAGGGGGAUGGAGCGAGCGCCGAGCCGGGUCAGGGUCAGUUUCACUUUCUUUUCUGUACCCCUGAAUCAAGUCUACAAGUUGAACAAUGACCAUAGUUGACAAAGCUGAACCUUCAGACCCAUCGGCCUAUCAGAACCCACCUGGCAGUUCGGAGGCAGUCUCGCCUGGAGACAUGGAUGCAGGUUCUGCCAGCUGGGGUGCUGUGUCUUCAUUAAAUGACGUGGCAAACCACACCCUUCCUUUAGGACCAGUACCUGGUGCUGUAGUUUACUCGAAUUCUUCUGUAGCUGAUAAAUCAAAGCCAUCACCACAGAAAGACCAAGCCCUAGGUGAUGGCAUUGCUCCUCCACAAAAAGUUCUUUUUCCAUCUGAGAAGAUUUGUCUUAAGUGGCAACAAACUCACAGAGUUGGAGCUGGGCUCCAGAAUUUGGGCAAUACCUGCUUUGCCAAUGCAGCCCUGCAGUGUCUAACCUACACGCCGCCUCUCGCCAAUUACAUGCUAUCACAUGAACACUCCAAGACAUUACAUCAUUCAUUCCUCAAAGACAGCUUUCCAGUCUCUUACGCACUUACAGUAGGGUGUGGAUGGACACCCAGCACUAGCACCUGGACAGUGAGAGAACACACCAAGACAAGAUUCAAGAGUUCCUGGUGUCCAGAAUUAGGUCAUGCAGAAGGAUUUUGUAUGAUGUGCACAAUGCAAGCACAUAUUACCCAGGCACUCAGUAAUCCUGGGGAUGUUAUCAAACCCAUGUUCGUCAUCAAUGAGAUGCGGCGGAUAGCUAGGCACUUCCGUUUUGGAAACCAAGAGGAUGCCCAUGAAUUCCUUCAGUACACUGUUGAUGCUAUGCAAAAGGCGUGCUUAAAUGGCAGCAAUAAAUUAGACAGACACACCCAGGCCACCACGCUUGUUUGUCAGAUAUUUGGCGGAUACCUAAGAUCUAGAGUCAAGUGUUUGAAUUGUAAGGGCGUUUCAGAUACUUUUGAUCCAUAUCUUGAUAUUACAUUGGAGAUAAAGGCUGCUCAGAGCGUGAACAAGGCCUUGGAGCAGUUUGUGAAGCCAGAACAGCUGGACGGAGAGAACUCCUACAAAUGCAGCAAGUGUAAAAAGAUGGUUCCCGCAUCAAAGAGAUUCACUAUACACAGGUCCUCUAACGUUCUUACGCUUUCUCUGAAACGCUUUGCGAAUUUUACUGGUGGAAAGAUCGCUAAGGAUGUGAAAUAUCCCGAGUAUCUUGAUAUCCGGCCGUACAUGUCUCAGCCAAAUGGAGAAGCAAUUAUUUAUGUUCUGUAUGCAGUGCUGGUGCACACUGGCUUCAACUGCCAUGCGGGCCAUUACUUUUGCUAUAUCAAGGCUAGCAAUGGCCUCUGGUAUCAGAUGAAUGACUCCAUCGUGUCUACGAGUGAUAUCAGAUCGGUACUCAGUCAGCAAGCUUACGUCCUCUUCUACAUCAGGUCCCAUGAUGUGAAGAAUGGAGGUGAGCUCCCUCAUUCUACCCACAGCCCUGGCCAGUCCUCUCCUCGCCCGGUCAUCAGUCAGCGGGUGGUCAGCAACAAACAGGCCACGCCAGGCUUCAUCGGCCCACAGCUUCCCGCCCACGGGAUGAAGAAUCCUCCUCACUUAAACGGGACCGGACCAUUGAAAGACACACCAAGCAGUUCCAUGUCAAGUCCUAAUGGAAAUUCCACUGUCAACAGGGCUAGUCCUGUCAAUGCUUCCGCUUCUGUUCAAAACUGGUCAGUUAACAGGUCCUCUGUUAUUCCGGAACAUCCCAAGAAACAAAAAAUCACAAUCAGUAUUCACAACAAGUUGCCUGUUCGCCAAGGUCAGUCUCAGCCUAGCCUUCAUAGCAAUUCCUUGGAGAUCCCGAACAAGCCGGCCCCCUCUUCUACCAUUGCCACUCCUUCUGCAAUACAGCCUACCUCGAGUGCACCUGCAGCGUCAGGUCCCGGUAAGGUCGCAAAGCCCUGUUGCAAGCCCAUGGUGAACGGCAGGUCGCAGCUGAGCGCCAGCGUGCUGGUCCCCUACGGCGCCGAGUCAUCCGAGGAGUCGGACGAGGAGCCCCGGGGGCUGAGUCAAGAGAACGGAGUUGGGGUCGGCACGACCGAGGACCCCCGCUCUCCUGCUCGGGACAUGGAAGGUGGCGAGGCCUCUCAGCACGCGCUUCCGGAGCCCCCUCCUCUCAGUGGUGCUAAUGGUGCCGACAGCGGCCCGAAGGAGAAUGGGUUGUCCUCUGAUGGCGCCGCUUGCCAAGUCCAGCCUGCUCCGCACUCAGAAAAUGGCUUCUCUAAGGCGAACGGUCUCGCUGGGGAGUUGGCGCCUGCUCCUCUGCCGUCUCUCCCGGAAGACAAGCUCUUAGAGACCUUCCAACUCAGCAGCAGAGCGAGAGGCCCAGCAGAUGAGACCAGCGGGGCCUGCGGCGUAGCUGGAGCGGAGAAGAACCCUCCCGAGGAUGCAGCCCCCGAGCCUGAGGCUGGCGGUGCCCCUGCCGCUGCCCAGGAGAGGGCCGCCGGCCUGGGCGGGAACGUGAAGAAGGCCACGCUGCCCUCCGACCCCGGCGUCACCUCUACCAAAGAAGAAGUCCCUGACAAGACCUCAGCAGUGGCGGAGGAGCCCCCGCCCGGGGCCAGCAGCCCGCAUGCCACGGCCCAGAAUGCCGUGGGGGCCGGCCCGCCCUCCCCGCGAGGCGACUCCGACAGCCUGCCCGAGGACCCCAGCAGCCCACCCCAGGAGGCGACGGGGCCGGUGGUGGACAGCCCCCAGGACUCGGCGCCCACGGAGCCCGUGGAGAGGUUGAGCCCAGCCCCCACCGUCCCUUCUGAAGAUGCGUGUGAGCAGAAGCCGGCCGUGUCCCUCAGCAGGGAGCCUUCCGGAAGCUCGGGUUCACCUGCAGAUGCGACGCCCCCCCCUCAGCCGGACAGGACUGCGGGGAGCCACCCGGAAGGCGGCCCCGAGCAGAGCCGCGGGGAGAGGGCCGACGACAGCAAGAGCGGGCAGAGUGUUCCAGAUCGCUCUCCCGCGAAGGAAAGAAUCGGCGGCCCCCGGAAGGCUGACCGCGGCCAUUACCGUAACUGGAGGGGGCGGUCCUCCAGCGGGGAGCACGCGCGGGACAGCCGGAGCAGGACCGACGGCCGCCACCACAAGAAGCCGCGCUGCACCCGCGAGCCCUGCGGCGGCGGCCCGCACCCCCUGAGCCACGGCGAGCAGCUCAGCCCCGGCGAGCGCCGCUCUCUGGGCCGGUACGGCCACCACCACUCGCGCAACAGGAGCGCCUCCGACCAGGACUGGAGCCGGUACCACCACUCGGAGAGCGAGCACGGCUGGGGCCGCGAGAAGUGCUACGUGGACAGGAUGAGGUGGGACAAGUGCAGGUACUACCACGACAGGUACGCCCCGUACGCCGCCCGGGAGUGGAAGCCUUUCCACGGAGCCCGGGAGCACGCGCGGGCGGCGCCGCACGGCAGCCGGCCCUACAAGGACCACCGCAGUGGCAGGAAGGGCUACGAGGCCCCGGCCAGGGACAAGGAGCGGCGCCACCUGCACGGCCCCCGCGUGGGCGCUGCCCCGGCCCUGCCCCUGGGCCCCGAGAGGGCCACCCCUGCCACCCAGGACAGUGGCGCCCGCCUCUCGGACCGGUGCCAUGAGCACGAGGACGCGCGGGGCCGCAAGCGGAGGUACGGCAGCCUGGAAACCGACGGCCACGCCGCUGCCAGAGCCCCCAGGAGCCCACAGAAGGAGCCCGUGGAGGAGCCGAAAGCCAAGAAGCACAAAAAGUCAAAGAAGAAAAAGAAAUCCAAAGACAAACACCGAGACCGCGGCUGCAGGCAUCAGCAGGAUUCGGACCUUGCAGGGGCGAGCUCUGACGCCGACCUCCACAGACACAAGAAGAAGAAGAAGAAGAAGAAGAGACACUCGAGGAAGUCCGAGGACUUUGUGAAAGCGCCGGAACUACACGUAGCCAAGGCCGCGAGCUGUGAGACUGUGGACCAUUUCCGGAGAGCAGAGGGCGGCUUCCUCCUCGCCGACGCCCUGCCUCUGGAGGGGCUCGGCCCUUGCCGCGAGAAAACCAAGCAUUUCCGACCGGAGGGCCGGGCCAGCAGGGGUCGUCUGUCUGAGCAUGGCCAGGGUGACUGAAAACGGCCUCAGAGACCCACCAGUUACGAGUGAACGCGUUCAACAGAAGCCAUCCCCAGCCCAGCUUAAGUUAUAAACAGAGACUCUUCCAAUCUGCGUGGUGCUUCUUUAGUGAAUACUGUACAGAUUUUACCAUGGAGAACUUUUUUUUUAGUUUUUACCUUUUCUUAAUUGCCCUUAUUCCAAAUGGACGAACACUUUCUACGACUGCUGACCGUUGUAAGAUACCGUGUACAUAGAUCACACUGCAAACGAUGCCCUGCCCUGGAAGAGAACAUCUCAAUGCUGCUUAACUACAGACUCAGGUUGACCCCUUGUCUCUCAUGUAAUGUCCCUCCGAGCCAGGCAGCUGGCGCAAGACCAACCGGGAGGAAGGACAAACUGACAGUCUGUGUGUUUAAUUUAAAGACUUAUUUAAGAUUCCCAAGCUCUCAAGUCGACGUUCGAGGGCAGUCUGUUCUCUGUAAUGUCUGAUACUAGAAACUAAUUUGCUUCAUAUUUUAGUUGUAUUCAAGAUUUGAAGAUGUAUUUUAUAGACAAGUUCUGUUUUUGAACUUUGUGGAACUAUUCCAAUCAAUUGACCAGUUAUGAGUAUUUACAUUAUGAAUGUAUAAUCCCAACAUCAUUUGUAAAGCCUACAGUCUGUUUUUAUUACAUAACACUUUUUAUACAGUGUCUCUUGUCCUGACUGUAUGAUAUGGGGUGUGAGUUGUCAGCUUGGUCCCUUCCAGUUUCUAGUUACAGACAGAAUCAUACUGUGAUUUUAUUUUUAAUAUGGAUAUGCUAUCAAACUGUGAUACACUUGUAAUAAUUCACUGGUCCUGCAUCAGGAGACGCGUGGGGAGCACUGUAUUUAAUACAGUCGGAUUCUGAAUACUCUGUAUGGUUUAUACAGUCUGUGUUGUUCAGAGAUGUCUAAAGUUUGAUCUUUGUUUUUUUAAAGAUUAAAAAAGCACUUGCCCCACUGUAAAUAUCCAGCAUGUAAAAUUUAUAUAGUAUAUAAACGCAGCGAAGGAGA